GGGUUUUGUGAUGUAUUCUGCAACAUUUUGUUAUCCGUUUCAAGUUAGCAUCAAGAAGAGAGAUGUCUGCUUCUGGGACCAUCGUGCUUGCAGGGCUGAGCCGCCCCUUCCAACUGGGAAUGCUGUAUGACUGCAGGAAAGAUGUUCUCAUCCCAGGUAUUACACUCUGGGAUGGCGACAUGCUGAAGAAGAACAUUAAUAUCAAACCACAACCAAACACUGAGUUCAAGAUCAUUGGUUCAGAUUCCACAGAGAGCAAGGCAGAGGCUCUAAAUGUGUGUGCAUCACUUGAGGCUAGCUUUAUGUCUGGGUUGGUGCAUGUAAAAGGGUCUGCAGGGUUUCUGAAUGACAAGAAAAAAUCAAAACAACAGUCCAGAGUCACUCUUCAGUAUCGCGCCACCACACGUUUUGAGCAGCUUACAAUGGAACACCUAGGGACUGGAAAUUUCCAACACUGCAAUGUCUUCCAGGAAGGAUCUGCCACACAUGUGGUGACUGCAAUAUUGUAUGGUGCUAAUGCCUUCUUUGUGUUUGAUCGUGCAGUCUCUUCGGAUGAAAAUCAUCACGAAAUACAAGGAAGUCUUGAGGUAGCAAUACAAAAAAUCCCAUUUGUAUCUAUUAAGGGAGAGGCAUCUUUGAAGAUGACUGAAACAGAACAACAACAAUCAGACAAAUUCAACUGUACAUUCCAUGGUGAUUUUGCGUUGGAGAAUAAUCCUGUCAGCUUUCAAGAUGCAAUCAAGGUGUACUCACAGCUUCCACAGCUGCUGGGAGAAAAUGGGGAACAUGCUGUACCCAUGACAGUGUGGCUGUAUCCCCUCAAAAAUCUGGACUCGGCUGCAGCCCAGCUUGUUAGGGAGAUAAGUGUAGGUCUGGUGCGCCAUUCUCAGCGCAUCCUUGAUGAGAUAGACGAGGCUGACAUUGAGUGCCAAGACCUGAUGAAGGAUGAGAUAGCCAUCCACUUCUCUGAGAUUACAACCAAGCUUAGGAAAUUCAAAGACCUGAUUUCUGAAUACAAACUGGUAUUUCAAAAGAAGCUUUGCAAAUUACUUCCCACUAUUCGUGGAGGGGGGACAGAGGAGCAAGAGUUGGUGACUACCCUGAACAGCAGAGAGAGAUCCCCAUUCCAGAGCGCAUUAAUCACAGAAUAUCUGAGUGACAGAGAACGUGAGAUGAAUGUUAUCAGAUCCUACCUUGAGAUUAUGAAAGAAAUCAGGGUGAUUAAAUCCAGUAGUGAACUGGAUAAGGUUGUCCUAAAUCCAAGAAAUGACUUUGUAGUGGCUUGUGUGUUCUCAUCCCUCAGUGGGGAUACAGAAUAUCUACAGGAUUUGGAAAACUAUCUGAAGGACGAGGCAAAGGCCACUAAAUCUGACACAUCUUAUGAGGCCCAAAGUGCUAGCAGAGAGGAACAAUGGUUUCGCUCUGGGGAGGUGACCGCUCUUACCAGGCAAAGCAUUCGUCUGUUCCUUGAUUUCAAGCAGUCCAACCAAGACAGAGAAAACAUUGAGUUUUGCAUAGCAUCAGUUCCAAACAAGUCCAUCACAGCCUCCUCAAUUCAUGUGUAUGAGAAAGGGACACUUAUUGAUUCUCAGUUUUUGCUGCCCUCCACACCUCCUAGCCCGACCCUUCUGAGACAGGAGCAUGAUCGUGUCCACUUGCAAAUCCACCCCCCAGCCACAGGAGAACCUUUUGUGGAUUCUUAUCGCAUCCUGUACCAGACAUCUGAGUCUGACUGGAAGGAGAUAGGCACUGACGGAAAAGUAACAGAUUGUACUGUUAGUCGCCUACAGCCUCAUACAGAGUACCGAUUUAGAUGUAAGGCAGUGUGUCGACCUGGAGUGACCCUUGCUAGCGAUGCCACAGAGUUCAUCCGAACACGUCCGUGCAGCCCUCCUGGUCCACCACAAGAGAAACGUUCAGGGUCUGAGAGCAUUACUAUUACAUGGGAUAUCCCAACAGCAGUUGGAGAAGAUGUAACAGUCAUCAGCUAUGAUGUUGAAUACAGACAACACAUGGAAGAUGACACUAAGACCAAACCAUGGGAGUGUGUAAAAUCCACUACGAGGGAGGGCACUUUGGAGGGACUGAAGAUGAGUACCACCUACAACAUCCGUGUUUUGGCGAACACAGGGAAAUCAGGAAAGAGUCUGCCAAGUCCUGAAAGGAAUAUUACUACAUUAGCACCUGACACCAAGCCCCCAAAAAAGAAAUCGGGACAGGGCAAGAGUGAAUAUUUUAUGCAACAAUCGAAUCGUCUGGAAAAGGGCAACCCAUCUGUAUAUCAGAUAGAGUUAGAAAGGAAAUAUGGAGAGAAUGUUGAUUUCUUGCAAUACAUGUUUGGUAGGAAGGUGGAAGAUGUGCAAAACAAGGUCAUACUACUUCUGGGAUCUACUGGUGCUGGAAAAACAACUCUUGUCAAUGUGAUGAUAAAUUACAUACUGGGGGUUAAAUGGGAGGACCAGUACCGCUUCAAACUGAUCCAUGAGGUGACUAACAAGUCACAAGCAGAAAGCCAGACAUCCGUGGUCACAUCUUAUGAGCUCUAUAACCAACCAGGUUUUCAGAUCCCAUACUCACUUACAAUUAUUGACACACCUGGGUUUGGAGACACCAGAGGAAUGGCGCAAGACAAACUGAUCACAGAACAAGUGAAAAGUUUCCUGUGCAGCCCUUUAGGGGUUGAUCACAUAGAUGCUGUAUGCUUUGUCGUUCAGGCAUCUCUCGCCCGCCUCAGUGCCAACCAGAAAUACAUCUUUGACUCCAUUCUGUCCAUUUUUGGAAAGGACAUUGGCGAAAACAUCAUGGUUCUUGUAACAUUUGUUGACAGUGACAACAUUCCAGUUUUAGAGGCAAUUAAGGCUGCAGAGUUGCCAUGUCAGAAGAACAAGAAGGGCCAACCCACCCACUUUAAGUUUAACAACUCUACCUUAUAUGUGCAGAAAAAGGAAAUGGGCAGAGGCAGUGAUGAAGACAGUUCAGAUGAAGAUGAGGAUGAUGAUGAACAGGAGGAGGAGAAAAUGAAGAGCAUGAUUUGGUCAACAACCUUCAAACAGAUGAAGUUGUUCUUCAAGGCCCUUGGUAGCACAGAGGGCAAAGAUCUCGAAAUGACAAAGAAAGUUCUUGAAGAACGUGAACGUCUUGAGAAUGCCACUGCAAGACUGACUCCUCAGAUCACAGCUGGGCUUGCCAAGCUCAGUGAGAUCAAAAGCUUUAAACAAUGCCUGGAGAAUGAGGAUGAGAUGAUGGCUCAAAAUAAGGAAUUUGAGACGGAAGUAGAGGUACUGACAGUCAAACGGAACAACGUGAACUUCUUUGCAACGAACUGUAACAGUUGUCUGUUUACAUGUCAUUCUGGUUGUUUCCUUCCUGAAGGGGAUAAUCUCCUCACAUGUGCUGUGAUGGAUGACGACGGGAACUGUGUGGUCUGCCCAAAUAACUGCUCUUCCUAUGAGCAUCUCAGAGAGAAAGCCUUGUGGACAUAUGAGACAAAAAUGGAGAAAAAGACCAUAAAAGAGCUGAAGGACAACUUCAUGAAAGCACAAGGAAAAUUCAUGGACACCAAGCAGAUGCUGGAGAAAUUGGAGGAGGAUUUUCAUACGAUUGAAGAGAAACUGAUGUAUUUGAUCAAGCUGUCCUCUAACUGCAUGAAGAGACUUAAUGAGAUUGCACUGAAGCCAAGUUCUAUGUCAACCUUCGAUUACAUUGAAAUACUUAUCCGAACAGAGGAGGAGGAGAAAAAGCCUGGGUUUGAGGGUCGAAUCAUUGGGUUGAAGAAAAUGAAACAGGAAGCGGAAAUUCUACAUAAGAUUGCAAGAGGAGAAGAUGUACUGCCACAAGAGCGCCGUAUGGUUAAACACAAACUGGACAGAAUGAAGAAGACUGCAGAAAAGGUUAAACAAAUGAAUGCAGUUCUAAAGGAUUGGCCAAAGGGAAAUGAAGAAUCUUAAUGGUCUCUUGGCCUUUACCCUAGCCACUCAUAUUAGCCUAGAGCCUCCCAAACAAAACAGCAACAUAAAACAGGGAUUUAGCUUUCAAUUAUUAUUUUUUUUGAUUAUGUGAACAAAUAAUUAUUUUUUCUUCCAUGCUUUGACUAUAGGCAACGUUAACCCUAGAUGCUAACUGGCAAACAUUAAGCUAAAAAUAAAUCAUCAGUAAAAUCAUCUAACAAUACCUAGCUGGCGUGACACUUAUACAUUUGAUAAUUGGUAUCCUGCUCUAGAUGUUAAAGCAAUAAAGGCAGCAGAUGUACCUUGCCACAAGAAUGAGACAACUUGUUUGAAGUUAAUGAUGAUUGUGAUGAUGAUGAGAAUUUGAACUAAUUUGUGUGGACCAACACUUUCAAGUAAUUGAGCAAAUUCUUCAAACAGCCCAAAACACAGAGACUUGACUCUGACCAAGAACGUUCUUGAAAAGCAAGAGCGGCCAGACAAUGCCAUUGCCAGACUGACCACAGCUGGGCUCUCUAAGAGUAUCGAAUGCCUGGAAAAUGAGGGAAAGACUUUGAAGGAAAAUGAAACACACCUGGAUAUGCCAUUAUUUGAGUCAAAUCAGUCGCCUUGUCAAAAACAGCAAAACGUUUUUUUUUUCCCUUGUCACUCUGAAUGUUACCUUCCUGAUGCCAAAGAUAUCCUCUCAUGUGCUGUGAUGAACAAGGCAAAUGGAUGCCUUAUGGACCAAUGAGACAAAGGGGAAGAGGAGGAC